AUGAAUGUUUACGCUUGCUUAACUUUGAAUUACAGUUUAGAAGAAAAUAAAAAAUCAGUUAAAUCCUCAACGAUUUUUAACACUUUUUAUCCCUACAUGAGGUCGGAAUUGGAAAUUAUGAUGUGGAAUGUUUUAGAUCACCUCCAUAAAUCAUGGCACUUAAUAUCCAGUGAAGGGAAAAGAAAAAGCACAAACAAAGUCUUGGACAAGACACCUUUAACAAAUGUUUGGGACUACAUAAUUUAA